UAAAAACAUCGUUCCAAAAUUGAUUUUUUCGUAAGAUUUGUUUAGUAAUAAAAGGGCAAUUUUCGUACCUUGUCGAUGAGCCGUGUCAUCAUCGAAAUGGAGACUUGUCCCCAAGUAUCACUCAAUUUAGUUGCAAACUUGCCCGAGGUAAUUUCUCGAAUUAUGGCAUUCUUCCCCGCUCCCGAAUUGGAAUCUUGUUCCCUCGUCAACUCCACGUGGGAAGCGGAAGCUCUGAUCCAUCUCGUCGCUCGGAGUCCGAUCGACCUCCGCCUCUCCGCGGUCAACGACCCCGCCGACCUCGCAUCCAUUUCCGCCUUGUCUCUCAAACACGUGAAGAUAUUAACUUUAUACGAUUGCUACCGGGAGAGAGAUAUUUUGCUCACAAAAUGUGAAUUACUACGUUCCAUCGAUUACUUUAAAUCUGUGACAACGUUAGAAAUUGAAUUCCUCGUGGACAAUUCCAUGCACGUGGAGUGUCACGUGGCCAAACUAUUCGAAUCAUUUUUAAAUUUAAAGUCGUUGAAACUCCACCUGGCUCCGCGUCCUAAGUGGGAAAAUUUAGCCUCGGAAGAAGACUGGAAGGAUUUGUUUCCCGAUAAGCUAAUGGUUCCGGGUAAACUGAGGAAUUUGACGGUUAAAAUGUGUUCCUCAGCCUUAGAAAAAUUUACAAGGCCGCACCCCAUUACUUCUCUAAUAUUACGAAUUCUCAUGGUUUUCCGCCACGUUGUCAGCCUUACCCUGUCCGACCUGCCAGACUGGGUCCUGGAAGAGAACGACAUCCCACUGCGCAGACUCGAGUCUCUCGCCGUGAUCCGAGCUUAUUAUUAUGACCGCCACGGACCACCCAGUCCGGUUAAAAACGUUGCGAAUUUUUCCCACGUGACCCGCCUCGAGGUGAACCCGCAAAUCGGGGAUAACCCCGACGACCAACCUAACCUCCUCGACAUCCUGGCCCCGCAGUUAGAACACCUCUGCAUCUCAUACGUUCUCGCCUUUCCCACGUGGCGGGAUCAUCGUAAAGAAGACUUAAGGGUCCCGAUCCUCCCAAACUUGAAAUUUUUAAAAAUUAUUAGGAAAGACGAGGACGAGCUGUAUGCAAAAUACGGACGCUGGAUUCGCGACAUUUCGCUAAAGUUUGCUACAGAAAAGUUAGUAUAUGCCAAACAGUUUCCCGUCCUGGAGAGGUUAAUUGUACGGAUGGAGCUUCCCAUUACCCCAGAGAUGGGGGAAUGGGGAGGGGAAAACUGUUCUCCAGAGGGGGUCAGGGUUUUUAUGUAUAAAACAUUUUUGGCCAGGGGAAUUUGUGGUAUUUGUAAAGUGAAGUGGUAUUUGUAAAGAUUUCUGGGAAACGAUGAAGUUGAGUGUGGAAUAGAUUAAUAUAAUUUAAGAGUAAUAGUGUAGAAAUUUUAAUGAUAUUAUGUGUCACCCAUUUGUAAGGACGUUUGUACAUAUGUAUAGUAUAGUAGUAUAGUAUAGUAUAGUAUAGUAUUUAUUGAUAUACGUUUGUACAUAUGUAAUGGUAUAAAAUUGUUAUAAUUUCA